AUGAGUGAGCAAGAGAGAGAAACAGAGGAGGAUGAGGGAGGGGGCACCUCAGAUACAGCACCCAUGCUGCCCCAAAGACCUCCCGACCACCAGGCAUCAACCCUGACAUGGCCAGGGUGGCCUGAGUUAGCCACCCGAGGCCUCAGGACCCUGAAGCAUCCUAGCCAUGCUCUUGCUGGGCUCCUGUUCUACCUGCUCCUGCCUGGGACAGUCUUCCUGCUGGUGCUGCUGCCGGCAGCCGCCAUUGUCUACCUGGGAUUCCUGUGCCACUCGAGGGUCCACCCCGCGCCUGGCCCCGGGUGCAAAGCGCUGCUUUCGGACCGCGGUUCCGCGGCGCUCAUCGUGUUCGGCUUCCUCUCGCUGCCGCCGCUGCUCGUACUGGCCUCGGCCGCCCGCGGCCGCCUGGCCCGGCGACUCCGCGCUCUGCUGCCCCCUCCCGCGAGGACCACCGAAUUCCGCCGCCCCUCGGGGUCCAGCGACCCGAGCCUGGCACCAGCCCAUCCCAAUGAGGAGAACCAGCUCUGCGCCUGGGUGUAACGCCCCAGAGGCCUCCAAAUCCCGGGAGGCCCCCGGGGUCACUCCCAUAAAGGAGUCCCCGAGGGACGAGCUCUGGGUCCCGCGAGGCACCAAGGCUGCCUCGGAGCUCCAUGCGCAGGGCUCGGAGUGACCGCGAGAUGGCGCCAGACUCCCCCGGAUGGGGUGGCCCUUCCCCAUCCCUCCGUGCCCAAGUAGCCCCCGUCCUUGCUGGGGAGAAGCUGGGAGGCACCCAGGAGAAGGAAAGAGGCCGUGGGCUCUGCUCCCUCGCAAAGGACGGCCCCUACGCUCCUGUGGUCAGCCAGCUGGCCUCUAGUGUGCCAGAGGUGGUGAGGGGGGCCUGCUGGGGAACACCCACGUCCUCAGAGCCCAUGUUCUA